UAAAAUUUUCUUUUCGCAUGUGUGACUUUACCCGCAUGGUGUCUCUGAUCUGCCUAUCGAAGCUACGAAUAAGGUUAUCAGAUCCAACUUGUCGAUCAACCUCAAACAAAACGCCAAUAUGGCAACAUUGAAUUACGUGAAACGAAGCUCAGAAACCAUCACAGAUAUCGCCAAAGAUGUAAUACGACUUCUAAAAGAAGAGAAAGAAACUGUCGGUGUCGCCGAGUCCUUAACAGGCGGGAGUAUCAUGGCCGCCCUCACAGCAGUCGAAGGCGCAAGUUCUGUCUGUCGCGGCGGCAUAGUUUCCUACAGCAUUGGCAUAAAGGUCAACAUACUCGGAGUUAGUCAAUCUAUCAUCACGAAACACGGCGCUAUCAAUGGGGAAGUCGUGGAACAAAUGGCUGCUGGCGCUCGCAGCAUCACAACGCUCGAUACGCCAACGACGUGGGGACUCAGUACUACGGGUGUGGCAGGACCCGGUACUGAGGAAGGAAAAGCACCUGGGACGGUGUUUAUUGGAAUCUCGAGGGCCGGUCAGGAUAGGGCCUUUGGGCCGUUUUACUUUCCGGGGGAUCGAGAUGCUGUCAGGAAAGCUACCAUUACGAAGUCGCUGGAGCAGUUGAGAGAACUUCUACGUGACCGAGAUCACAUGGAUGAGCGACCAUGAAAGAGCGCAACUCAGCUGGCUUGGUCACGGCAGGGAGCCAAACUUCAUAUCGCCGCUCACCCGCAGAGAAUUUCUGACAAGCCAAAACUUCUGAGAACUCAAUAGCUCCAGAGGAAGUGAGAGCAUGGCUGGAUCUCUACUCUGAUAUCCAGAUACGCCGUUUCUGUUGUUUCGUUUGCUGUCCCGGACGCAUUGGAAGCAUUGAUCAUCAACCAACUGGUCUUCAGGUGGACAAUCAGCCCGCUACCAUGCCUCAGAAAGGCCGG